AUGUCAUCAGCUCCAGCCACCAACUAUAAAGUUGCAGAUAUUUCAUUAGCUGCUUUUGGUAGAAAAGAUAUUGAAUUAUCAGAAAAUGAAAUGCCAGGUUUAAUGUAUAUUAGAAAAAAAUAUGGUGCAUCAAAACCAUUAAAAGGUGCAAGAAUUGCUGGUUGUUUACAUAUGACUAUUCAAACUGCUGUUUUAAUUGAAACUUUAGUUGAAUUAGGUGCUGAAGUUACUUGGUCAUCAUGUAAUAUUUUUUCAACUCAAGAUCAUGCUGCUGCUGCUAUUGCUGCUGCUGGUGUACCAGUAUUUGCAUGGAAAGGUGAAACUGAAGAAGAAUAUCAAUGGUGUAUUGAACAACAAUUAUUUGCUUUUAAAGAUGAUAAAAAAUUAAAUUUAAUUUUAGAUGAUGGUGGUGAUUUAACUUCAUUAGUUCAUGAAAAAUAUCCAGAAAUGUUGGAAGAUUGUUUUGGAUUAUCUGAAGAAACUACUACUGGUGUUCAUCAUUUAUAUAAAUCUUUAAGAGAUGGUAAAUUAAAAGUUCCAGCUAUAAAUGUUAAUGAUUCAGUUACAAAAUCUAAAUUUGAUAAUUUAUACGGUUGUAGAGAAUCAUUAAUUGAUGGUAUUAAAAGAGCUACUGAUGUUAUGAUUGCUGGUAAAGUUGCUGUUGUUGCAGGUUUUGGUGAUGUUGGUAAAGGUUGUGCUAUGGCUUUACAAGGUAUGGGAGCAAGAGUUAUUGUUACUGAAAUUGAUCCAAUAAAUGCUUUACAAGCUGCUGUUUCAGGUUAUCAAGUUGCUCCAAUGGAUGAAGUUGCAUCAAUUGGUCAAAUUUUUGUUACUACAACUGGUUGUAGAGAUAUUAUUGUUGGUAAACAUUUUGAACAAAUGCCAGAAGAUGCAAUUGUUUGUAAUAUUGGACAUUUUGAUAUUGAAAUUGAUGUUGCUUGGUUAAAAGCCAAUGCUAAAUCAGUUGUUAAUAUUAAACCACAAGUUGAUAGAUAUUUAAUGAAUAAUGGUCGUCAUAUUAUUUUAUUAGCUGAUGGUAGAUUAGUUAAUUUAGGAUGUGCUACUGGUCAUUCAUCAUUUGUUAUGUCAUGUUCUUUUAGUAAUCAAGUUUUAGCUCAAAUUGCUUUAUUCAAUGCCAAUAAUGAAGAAUUUAGAAAACAAUAUCCAGAAUUUGCAAAAUCAGGUCCAUUUGAUGUUGGUGUACAUUUAUUACCAAAAAUCUUGGAUGAAACUGUUGCAAGAUGUCAUUUAGAUCAUUUAAACGCUAGAUUAACUAAAUUAACUGAUGUUCAAGCUGAAUAUUUAGGUAUCCCACAAGAAGGUCCUUUCAAAGCUGAAAUUUACAGAUAUUAG